AUGAUGUUACUGUUGUUUUUGCUAAUGUUGGCUUUCCCCAAGAACGUGGUAUGCCAAGGUUCAGACCCAACUGGUGGAGAGUUCAGCUUCAACGGAUUACUAUAUGCUGCAGGAUCAGGCAAUCUAAACAGCAAUGGUCUAUUCAGACUAACAAAUUCUAAUACACUAACAUCUGGUCAAGUUUUCUACAACAUGCCAUUGAGAUUCAAGGGCUCUGCAAAUGGUAACGCUUUCUCCUUCUCCCCCACGUUCGUUUUCGCUAUUGUCUCAAAGGAUAGAGUUAUCAAAGGCCAUGGACUGGCCUUUGUCCUUUCUCCUACAAAAGGUUUGGUCAACGUUGAUGCCACCCAAUAUCUUGGACUCUUCAACAUAAGCAAUAUUGGAAAUCCUGAAAAUCAUAUUGUAGCUGUUGAACUAGAUACAGUCCAAGGCCCUGAGGUCCAUGACAUAGAUGAUAAUCAUGUUGGUAUUGACAUAAAUAGCAUAGUUUCAGAAACAGCUGCUUCAGCAGGUUAUUUCAAAAGUGAUGGUACUUUCAAAAACCUCUCUCUUACCAGCGGGGAUCCUAUGCAGUUGUGGGUUGAGUAUGACAGCAAACAGAAACGGCUUAAUGUCACACUUCUUCCUAUCCGUGUCCCUAAACCAAAGAUUCCACUCAUUUCCCUACAAAAAGAUCUUUCUCCCUAUUUGCUUGAAUCUAUGUAUGUUGGCUUCACCUCAUCCACAGGCAUGCUAACUGCAUCUCACUAUAUAUUGGCUUGGAAUUUCAAGAUGAAUGGGACGGCUCAAGAUAUAGACCCUUCUCGCCUUCCAGAAGUUCCCCGUUUUAAACAGCCAUGGAUCCAAACUCCAAAGGGUGUUCUGACAAUUAGUUUGACUACAUCAGGCAUCACAUUACUAAUUGUCUUGAGUGUAGGCUUAUGGCUUUUCUUGAAGAGGAAGAAGCUAUUGGAAGUUAUGGAGGACUGGGAGGUGCAGUUUGGUCCUCAUAGGUUUGCUUACAAAGAUCUCCACACUGCCACAAAGGGUUUCAAGGAUACUGAGCUUCUUGGUAAAGGAGGGUUUGGGAAAGUCUACAAGGGUACAUUACCAGUUUCCAACACAGAGAUCGCGGUCAAGACGGUUUCUCAUGAUUCAAGACAGGGGAUGAGAGAGUUCAUCGCUGAGAUAGCCACCAUUGGCCGACUCAGACAUCCUAACUUAGUUCGGCUCCAAGGAUACUGCAGACGAAAAGGUGAACUCUACCUAGUAUAUGAUUGUAUGCCAAAAGGCAGCCUUGAUAAGUUCCUCUACAACCAACUAGCUGGAACUCUUGAUUGGUCAGAAAGAUUCAAGAUCAUCAAAGAUGUGGCUUCUGGACUCUGCUAUCUGCACCAACAAUGGGUGCAGGUGAUUAUCCAUAGGGACAUUAAACCAGCCAACAUCUUGCUUGACAGAACUAUGAAUGCAAAACUUGGUGACUUUGGCCUCGCAAAGCUAUGUGAUCAUGGGUUUGAUCCUCAGACCUCUCAUGUGGCAGGCACGCUUGGGUAUAUCUCCCCUGAGCUAUCAAGAACUGGGAAGGCAAGUACAAGCUCUGAUGUAUUUGCGCUUGGAGUGGUCAUGCUAGAGAUUACUUGUGGUCGAAAACCCAUUUUGUCAAGAGCUUCACAAAGCGAGAUGGUACUUACUGAUUGGGUGCUAGAGUGUUGGGAGAAGGGAGAUAUAAUGCAGGUUCUUGAUCAGAAUAUUUUGGGGCAAGACUAUUCUGAGGAGCAAGUGGAACUUGUUCUUAAACUUGGCUUACUCUGUUCUCAUCCAGUAGCAGCCCUCAGACCAAACAUGUCCAGCGUCAUUCAAUACUUGGACAGUGUCGGACAGCUUCCUCAUAACUUACUUGACAUUGCAAAAGCUCGAGAAGUUCAUGGAGGUACUGAAAUCUCAGGUAAGUCCUGUUCUGUCGCACCCUUGACCUUCACUGAAUCAUUUGUCUCUCUACAUUGA